UUCCUCGUUAAGAUUUCCUUCCAUCCAGCCACCCUCAAUAACGUGGCUUCUUUAAGAACCUUAAGAUCUAGAAUCGCGCCGUACUGCAAAAUGACAGCCCCAAACGAACGCCGUGAUAUUGUUAUCGUUGGUGGUGGUAUCAUCGGAUGUUGUUCAGCGUACUAUUUGACGAGACACCCGUCUUUUGAUCCCUCGCGGCACUCAGUGACCCUCAUCGAGGCCACAGAAAUUGCAGGAGGAGCGUCAGGCAAGGCAGGCGGUCUAUUAGCCUUAUGGGCAUACCCAAGCAACAUUGUACCAUUGAGCUACAAAUUACAUGCAGAUCUUGCUAAGGAGCACGGUGGAAAGGAUCGAUGGGGUUAUCGAGCGGUGAACUGCGGCCAACUUAUCGCAAGAGGCCGCCCACUCAGCAAGACGACAGGCGAAGAGAGUGGUAGCUCGAUAUCCCUACAAAAACGCAGUGCAACUGCGCUGGGUAAACUAAAGACUGCUAAAGUACCUAGUGAUCUUGACUGGCUUGAGCUAGAGGGAGUUAGAGGCUAUGAAAGCAUGAGCGAUCCGGGUGAAACUGCCCAGGUCCAUCCUUAUCUCUUUACCACGUCUAUCGCAAAGCUCGCCGAGGAGAAAGGCGCAAAGAUUAUGCUGGGGUCAGUCACAAGUAUUGAUUACUCUGGAGAUGCCGUUCAGUCGGUUACAUACAUUGGCAAGGAAACUGGCGAAACACACACUAUUCCUGCAACCGAUGUUGUUAUUGCUGCCGGGCCGUGGACAAGAUCGGUUCUGCCGGAAGCUCCCAUCUCGGCGACGCGUGCUCAUAGUGUUGUUAUCCGGCCUACAAGGCCAGUCAGCGGAUACACCCUUUUCACGAAUAUCGAGAUACCAGCCAAUUUCGAUCCCUUGAAGUCAUCGCGUCCAACGGUCGCGACACCAGAGAUCUAUGCUCGCCCUGACAACACGGUCUAUUGCUGUGGAGAGGGCGAUCAGACUGUUCCCCUUCCGAAGACAAGUGCAGAAGUUGAGGUGGACCAAGAGCGAUGUCAGGAUAUUAUUAACCAGGUGGGCAGCGUCUCUGAUGAGCUACGUGAUGGGCAAGUUUGCGCCCGUCAAGCCUGCUACUUACCGAAUGUGGCUGACGCACGCGGUGGUCCAUUGGUGGGCCAUGUUGGCACUCAGGGGCUAUACCUUGCAGCUGGCCACACCUGCUGGGGUAUACAGAAUGCGCCUGGCACUGGAAAGCUUAUUAGCGAAUGUAUAUUCGAUGGCAAUGCUAAGAGCGCGAAGAUUGGGUCGCUUGAUCCAAGGAACUAUCUUUAAUUUAGAUGAGAUGAUUUAUAUAGAAUGAUUAAAUAAAUAGGGGAUAUCCCCUUCAGAGCGGACUCU